AUGACUAAAUUUCAUUGCUUGUUGCUUCGGUUGUUAUUAUGGUACGCAAUACUGCUGACAGACAGUUACCGGUUAAAUGUGCCACGAGUGCUGUUACCCUAUCACCCCACUGUUCAAGUGACUUUCGACUUAAUUGUUAGUGAUCCGGCAAAUGGAUGUUUCACAUGGAGGUCGACUCGACCAGACACUGUAUCAGUAAAAGGAGUAAAUCCAGUAGGAACGAAGGGAUGUUCAGCAAAGGCUCAGAUUAUAGCGACUUCGAAGUAUGCUGAGGAGCAGAUGGCUGUUGUUUUUGCUGAAGAUAAAGAUGCUGGUGUAGUUUUGAGCUGUGGCGUGACAGUUGACGUUAUACGAAGCAUUUCUGUUUCAACCACUACGAAAGUUCUUUUUCUGGAUGCCUCACCAGCAAAAAUCGUUGUACAAGCAUACAAUGCUGAAGGUGAUAUGUUCACUAAUCUUGGAAAAAUUCCUUUUGAAUGGUAUUUGGAAUCAUCAUCCUUAUCCGAAAAACCUCUUCGAAUUGUACCAUUUUCGCAGUCAAAAUAUGAAGCUCCUGAUGGCGUGCGUUUGCUUGAAGAAAAUAAAAAACGCGGCUAUGUGAUAUUAGUUGAAGGUAUAUCCACAGGUGCUGCUGUUUUGAAAGUAAAAUUGGUUGAGCCGCAUUUUAAAGAUGUAAAACCUCAAAGUGUGGAUUUCAUAGUAGUCGCGAAUCUCUUGCUGAUACCUUCUCAGGAUAUAUUUCUUCCGCUUGGGUCACGUGUACAUUAUACUGCAGAAAUAAUUAAGCAGAGUGACACAGAAGCAAUAUACUUACCAUCAAGACAGUAUCAUCUAUCGAUUAAAGAUAUAGAAAUUUGUUCGUUGAAUUCUUCAUCAUCUAUGGUCACAGCCAUAAGUUACGGAACAACCGAAAUAUCGCUGAUUGAUGAAAAUGUAAAAUCAUUAAAUUUUCUCAAGCCUCCAUCUGCUCGGAUCCAUGUUGUUGAACCAUCUAGUUUAUAUAUCAGAAUUAGCGGUGAUUUAUGGUAUUUGGAGAUAGGACGCGAAUAUGAUAUUUCUUUUAUUGUGGCUGAUGCUGAUAAUAAUGUCAUAUAUAUCCCAGAGAAUGCAAUUUUCGAAAGUGUUAUAUCUGAAGAAUAUUUCAAAGUGAUUAGAAGAUCACAUAAUGGAUCGUAUUUUAAUGUGAAAGCUAUAAAGAGUGGAACCACGAAGCUGCGAGCAUCAUUCAUAUCAGUCAUGAGUUCGGAAGGAGAGUUGAGGAUAUCAUCAUCGGUAAAAAAUGAAGUAACUGCAGUGAUAUCAGAACCGAUUGAAGUGAUACCGCCAUUCAUCGCUUUCCCAUACAUCGAUGCAAAAAGAAUCCAUUCUAAAAAGCUUUUGACACGAGGUGGUACGGGAUCGUUUACAUGGUCAAGUAUGAAUCCAGAAAUUGCCUCAGUAGAUUCUAGCGGAAUUCUGUUGACUGCAAAUCUUGGUAACACAGAAGUGAUUGCACAGGAUGCGCAAAAUAAUGCUCAUUUUGGAAAAGCAAUUAUUCAGGUUUUACAACCAACUGGAAUUGCUUUCGGCAGGUCACAUUUAGAAGCCGAAGUUGGUAGUGACUUAAUCCUAUAUAUUUCUCUUUACGCCAAUUCAGGAGGUAAAAAAGUGACUAUAUCCGAUUGUCGUCGUGUUGAUUUAUCAAUGCGAAUAAAGGAUAAUGACAUUUUUCGAUUAGCUUCAGAUGGUUGUGGAAGAAUGUCUUCAUACGAUGACAGUUGUUGCGGUUUUGUACUUACUGCUGUUGCUUCUGGUGAUACCAUUGCAACAGUUCACUUUGGUAAUAUGUCUGCAUCCGUUCAGAUUUCUGCUUAUCUACCAUUGAAGCUGGAAACACCUACAGAAAUAUUUGUUAUGCUCGGUAGCAGCUUUUUUAUUCGUACAUUUGGUGGUCCGAGACCAUGGAUUUUGGAUCCAUCGAAAUAUUACUCAAAAUUGAUCUACAGUGACACAUCAAAUCUGAUCAGUAAUGGUGAUUUUUCUUCUCAGGAUGGACGGAUUAUUGUCACGUGUAAAGAUAAUAAAGGAGACGUGCUUAUCAUAGUUGUUGUUGGUAAUGAAGCUUCUUCUACAAAUCCACUACCCGCUAAGGCUGAAACAAAAUUGAGAAUGUGUUGUGGUUUGCCCACACGACUAUCAUUAUCUUUGUUGAGGCCUUAUCAAAGUAAAUGUCCGACAAAUGUGCGCGCUGCUAGCUGCAGUCAACCAUCUACAUUAGCAGUGUCAGCUUUUGGACAUUGCGAAUCGGGACCAUCGAUGGGAUUGGAAAAGCAGCUUGAUUCGUUGACUUCCAUGAAAAUGAGUUGGAAAAUAAGUAAUAAAGAUGUAGCGGACGUGGAAGAAGAUAAGAGAAGCGAAUUAAGUGAAGUACGCGGCAUUCUCAAACCACGUGAAAUUGUUGGUAAAGUAGAAAUUGUUGCAUCAACUCGAGAAUAUAAAGUUGGAAAUCGACGACUUUAUUUUCCGCAAGAAUUGCAAAGUAAGAUGCAGACAGUUUUGGUCCGAAAUGCGGAAGCGAUACCGUCCUUGGUCGUAUUAUUAAAUGAAAAGAGUGCCUCAAAAGCUAUUCGAUUGGAACAUGGUUCAGGACAUUUUGCUUUAAUGGAUUAUGAUUCCAGCCUGCUGGAAGCUGAGAUGUCCAAUGGGAUUACGCAAGUGCGUCCAUUGUCUGUUGGUAAAUCGAAGCUCCAGUUUUCGGACUUAUGUCUUAACCAAAACUUCACAGCUACAAUUUCGAUCACCGAUGUAGAAGAAAUUUUGAUCGAAGCACCCGGAUUUUUAGCACUGAACACCGAACAAGAACUGAUACUUAAAGUUCGUGAUAUGGAAGGCCUUUUCUUCAUAACCGAUGAUGCCGAUAUCAUGAAUGUACAGCUGAAUGCGUCAUCCAAUGUUUUACUAAUAACCAGGGUUGAUGCUCUACAUUACAUCCUGCGAGGUAAUGUUGUUGGUGUCGUAACACUUCGUGCGUCUGCUCGACGUGCUAAUGGACGGAUAUUACAAAGUCAAUCUCAUAGCAUUCAAGUUUAUGCACCGCUACAAUUACAACCAAAACUGAUAACCCUUAUUCCUGAUUCUGUUUUCCAAUUAGAAAUAUCUGGUGGACCUCAACCAUUACCAUCGGUGCAGUAUCAUCUCAAUAAUACUUCAGUAGCUGCUGUGGGAUCAGAUGGGCUGAUAACAAGCAAAGCAGUUGGAUAUGCGAAAAUUAUAGGCUCUGUUAACUUGGGCAAUAUUGCUCCUUCUAUUCAAGAUGAAGUUGUUGUUAAAACAGUGUUGCUUACUGGAGUCCGUAUACACUUCUCUACAUCACAGAUACAAGUUGGUCAAAGAGGGUGGGUUCGUGUUGAUGGUCUUAAUGAAAAUGAAACACCGUUUUCAUUCGGUGGAGCACUGUACCCAUUAAAAAUCUCUUGGAGAAUCGCUACACCAGGCAUCAUCGAAACUGUAUCACCAGUUGAUACUUUUGUGGCUGAAUCACCGGAAAAUCGAUUUCAUAUAGAACUACAAGCAUUGGCAGUUGGGCAAGCAGUGAUUCGCGUAUUAGUGAGCACUCCUGAAAAUUCGAAGGCAUUCUCCGAAGAAGUCAAAUAUUAUGAAGAUCAGUUGAUAGUGACUGUCAUUGAGCCGUUACACUUAACGGUUCCACCACGAUAUCAUCAGGUGUUACGUUUGUCUCCGGAUGCAGAACUUACUCUAAAAAGUAACAGGAAAGAUAGCUCAGUGCAAUUUAUGGUACCACCAGAACUUUCCACUUAUAUAUCAGUUAUCGGUGAUAGCAACAGCACUUUACUAGCUCAUACUGUUGGUGAUGCUGCUUUGGUAUUGAAGGAAACAAAAUAUCCUCAUAAGGAGCUUGUAUAUUUACCAGUCUCCGUUACCCCAGUAGUAUCCCUCCAUCUGAAGAUUAAAUCUCCCGAAGUGCUGGAAAAACCAUUAGCAUUUUUUCCUCUCGGUUAUCGUCUGCAUGUUGAUGUUGAGUCAAGAGAUCACUUCGGCCGUCUGUUCGAUGCUGCGAAGCAUUCGCUAAAUUACAGGCCUCAUCGUUUUGAUUUGAUUGAAAUUCAUCCUGGGAACGCUAACAGUUCAUUUGAUAUUCAUCUAAAGGAUUUUGGCGAAACAGUGUUUAAGGUAUGGGACAGAAAUAAUCCGGACCUAAAUGUUUUUCUGCGUCUUCCGGUGGAUGAUGUAAUCGGGCCAUCAAUACAUUCUGUGGCCGUCUCCGAAAUUAUUUGUUUCAAUUCACCGUUGUUAGUAUCUGGAUGGAAGGAGUUAGAUGGAAAGCGACAUUUCCAAUUCAUCGACGAAUCAAAUGGUAUUGCUGUAGCAGUGGAUACUGGUAGCACCGUAGUUGCUUCUUAUCAUUCACAGAAACAAACCAUUUUUACUAAGCGCAAAGUUGUUCCAGCAAAAUCUCUUCGGUUUUCAUCAGUACCGCAAUUUGUUUCGAAUAUAAAAGAUCAUCAAUACGUAUUUCCACUAAUCGUUGAUAGCACUGAACAGAAUCCAACUAACACUUAUGGUUGUGCAUCUGGGCUAUUGGAGGAGCUAAUUUUGGAUGCACCUUUUGAUUGCAUUAUUGCUUUUGUGGAAAAAGUGAGUGUGUUAGCAACAAGCUUAUUUGCUGCUCAUUCGAAAUUUCUACCUACAUUAGGUAAAUAUGGUUGUAUCUUGGUGGAACAAACAUUCGAGGGACCAGUUUCUUUGAAUGAUUACCAGAAUCUUAGUUUGAAUAUCUCCGCCAUCUGGAAUCGUGUUGGCAAGGUAAAGGAAGCAAGCGUAAUAGUUACUUUCUACCCACGUUUUGAAAUCACUCAACGUGAGAUACGUCUAAACAAUGUGAACGCACUAGAAGCUGAUCUAGUUAUACAGUCAUCCAUAUAUGCUGCUAGCAAAAUAUCAGUUCAAGCUGAUAGUGGAGGUGUUUUGCAUAUAAAGAAAGUUAAAUCCACUUCACUCACGGAGUUACGAUAUCGUAUUGAGUUGGACAUGAAUUCAGUGCUUUUGUGGCAGGAAUUAUUGGAUAAAUGCAAUAUUACAGUCAAAAGUGCAAUCACGGGGCAGUUUGAAAUAGUGCCAGUAACUAUCGUUCUUCAUGGUGAUGCAUCAAAAACUAUUUUACGUGCUUCUGACCAUUUUAUGGGUCUUCUGCGUUCAUUUCUAGAAUCAACAUUCGUUCAAGUAUGUGCGUCACUUCUUACUGCUGCAGUUCUUAUCGUUCUGAUAGCGCACUGCAGAGGAUUCAGUUUUUCAUCUUAUUUCUUUAGCUCGUUCUAUACUACUGAUUCUAAUGCUACGUAUGGAUCGUUUGCUAGUGAUUAUCCAGAACGGUAUACGCCGUUAACUUAUAAGAAUGGAAAGAGUUUGUUGGGUUCAUCUGAUGUGUCACUAAUAUCCAAUCGAUCUAGUCGUUCAGUUGGGAGCCCAGGGGAACCGAUUCUUUGGAGUGUUCCGGAUCGAUCGCUCAUAUCACCACGUUUACGAAAGAGACAGUGGUAA